UCAUCCCCACUUCAGCCACUCCCCCGGUCUCCGGCAGUUUCUGAAUCAUCCCCACUUCAGCCAUUCCCCCGGUCUCCGGCAGUUUAUGAGUCAUCCCCAAUUCAGCCGUUGCCCCGAUACUCUGCAAUAAUGUAUGGAUCAUCCCCGCUGCAACAGGAGCCCUGCUCGCCUGCGUUAUCUCCUAUCCAUCAUUUAGCGUCAUCAUCUGGUCGUUUAGAGUCAGACACAAGUAAAUCGUUGAACGAUGUGUUUGCUUUCAAUGAGCCUGACACACCAUACUCCCCUGUCAUUCUCUCUCCUCGAAAUCAGCAUCAAGAAGACGACGACGCGUCCAGUAAAAGUUCAACCGCCAGCGAAGCCACUCAAAAUUUCUCAGACUCAGAUAUGGAAUCAACUUAUUCAGACAAUCUAGACAGCUCGUACUUUACAGAACCUCAAGUUCGGCCUAAACCCUUGAACACUAAUACUAAAGGGGAGGAGAAGAGAAGCAAACUUCUCUCACGGGCAAUACAUUCCUCUGCGUUAAGAAAGGUCGCUGCGUUGGAACCCUGUUGUAAGAAGAAGUGUUCUGACGGAUAUUCAAGAUCAACGAUUAAGGAUAAAAGGACGGACUACUUCAGUGCACCGUCACGAAAUGAAUGGAUAAAACAAAAACUCGGGAGCUUUCAGGUCGGGAGUGACAAACGGGCAUUCCAGUUCAAGGUAAACGGUUCUGAGGUGUGUAGAGAGGCGUGGUGUCGAAUUUAUGGCAUCAAUAAAAACACAUACUACAGGGAACUGAACAACUUCAGGAUGGGGCUGGAGUGGGCGGGACUACGACAGGGAAGAUCUUUGUCCAGUAAGUGUAUAAGCAUUUCCGUCUGGUUUGGGCACUAUGUCGCGAUUCAUGGGGACAAAAUGCCGCAUAAGGAAGAGAUAUGGCUGCCGUAUAACACCAGAAAGGUUGACAUCUUCAACAAAUACGCAGAAGAUUGUGAGGAUCGCUCAGAGCCGUACUGCUGUUUACAGUCCUUUCUCAACAUGUGGAAGACCUUCUAUCCUCACGUCGCCAUAAAGAAGUGCAGUCUCUUUACAAAGUGCACGAUCUGUGUACGUCUGGGGCGGGACCUCGCAAAAACAAGGGACCCUGUGAAGAGAAGGAAAAUCAAGUUGAAGAGACAGGAGCACGAUGCAAGACAAAUGGCUGAGCGACUCGCGUACUAUCAGCGGCGGGAAGCGGCCAGGCAGGAGCCUGACAAGUACCUCAGUCUGAUCAUCGAUGGAAUGGACCAGGCCAAGACGUACUUACCGCAUUUCGUUGGAGACAAGUCAAAGGACCUAACUACUGCAGAUCUGAUGAAAGUGCAUGUAUCAGGAAUAAUAAGCCACGGUCACGGACUGCGAGCCACCUACGUCGAUUUCUUUGAGUACAGUCAUGACUCAAACCUGACCUUGAAUCUGCUGUUGAAGCUACUCGCAAAACUUUCGACGGGAAGCCAGUUGCCUCCCAUUCUUUUUAUCCAAGCGGAUAACUGCUACAGGGAAAACAAGAACAAAUUUAUGUUGGCGUUCCUGGACCUGUUGGUGCACAAGAGGAUAUUUCGCGAGAUACAGCUGUCCUUCCUGAUGGUUGGACAUACGCACGAAGACAUCGAUCAGAUGUUUAGCCGAGUGGCCGACAAACUCCGCCAUCAGGAGGCCCACACCCCUGAACAACUGAUAAACAUGAUGCCAGAGUGUAGCAGGCUUAGGGGGCUUUAUAAUAUCCGCGACUGGCUUAAGCCUUCUGUUUCGAUGAUAAAGGGACAAUCCCAGCCGGGCCAGUUCCGAUUUCGUUUAAGUAAGGAUGACCCUGAUAGUGUAGAUAUGUUCUAUAGGAAGGGACAGGGUCAAGAUUGGAAAAAACUGAAAACUGGAAUGUUCAAAAGGUCCAAAGAAUCUGGGAAACCUAUUCGGCCAAAAGGAAUUCCCAAAAUCAUCCCUGUAUCAUUUGAUAACAGGAACAUAAACGCACAGAAGCUUAUCAACGAGCAACUGCCUAAGUGGGCCCCGUAUCUUGGUUGUGACCAAGAACAUUAUAUGUGGGAGCAGCACCUGAAACAGAUGGUCAAGGCAGGCAGUAGCGCUAUUGAAAUGGCGAAGUACUCUAAAGUCGGAACCAUGUGGGCCCUACCCAAGCUCCCGAAGUACCCAGAGGAAAGCGUGGAUGAAGAACCAGCGGUGCCUGAUGACCUGAGAAGGCUACUGGAAAAAGAACAAGAAAACCCUGAGAUCACAGUAUCGGGAGCAAGCGCUGCAGCACCAAGAACCACUACAAGGAGGGCACGCAGAAGGCUUGUGGAUUGAGAGUUGUGACGGACAAACCGCCUAACUGUAGCUACGUCUCUACUGUGUUGUUUUAGUAUAGAGUGACCCGGUUGGGAACAUCUGUAGCCAUUGCAUUAUGUUUUUUUGUUGUUGUUUUUUUUAUUUAGAAAAAAAGCAUGUCCAGAAAUGCGGCACUGUCAUAUAUAUACUGUCAUAUAUACUGUCAAUCAACACCAUGAAGUUAGUAAUGCUAUCAUGGAGGAAUACGUUGCGCCAACAUUCUAUCUCAGUAUGUCAGAAAGUGUUGUGACAUCUAUUUUUGCUUGUCGGAUGUGUGUAUCGUGUACGUACAUACAUAUUUCCGCCACCCUUAUCGAUUUGUAAAACUGUUUUUGCUUCACUGAUAGACAUCACCUUUUUCUACAUUCAAGUAGUUUCUGUACACAGUUAAGGCGACGUUUAGGAUUGGAAGCUAAAUGUACGUAGCUUUGUUGUUGACCUUUGUGACAAUCCCCACCAGUCCCCUGGGCCCAGGUUCUAGCAGGGCAAACGUGUUCACCACGAUAAGAUAGCAUUUGUUUUCUCUUGCUCAGUUUAAUAUAUAACUAAGGCAUCGAUCCGUUUUAAACUGUUUGGAUUGAUAACGCAUUUGGUGUAUUCCUUAAACUCUCUUAUUUUUUUUAAUAUUUUUUUGCUGUUGUUGGGGAUAAACCUUGUAUCCAUUUCUCAAUCAAUUGAAGUUUUUAGGAGUGAAACUACUUACUAGUAUUGCACAGUAACAAGGCAAUUUAUGCAACAGAUAGUCCUACACCAUGAUAUUGAAGACAAGUCUGUAAUAAAUUUAUCGCCCGACGUCGUAUGCAGAUAACGUGUGCUUUCACUUUUUCCAGUUGAUUGUUCCUCUCAACCUAACACACACACACACACACACACACACACACACACA